AUGCUUGGAGGUGGCUGGAUCCCUGAGGUGCUGAGCUCUCUGCCCAUGCAGACAGACAGUAGCUGUCAGCGGGAGGCGAUCCUCCAUGUGCCGCUGUGCAAGGAGGACUGCGAGGAGUGGUGGGAGGACUGCAAAGACUACGUCACCUGCAAAGAGAACUGGCACAAGGGCUGGAACUGGGCCACAGGACCGAACCACUGUCCCUGGGGCACCAUGUGCCGGCCGUUCAAGCAGGUCUUCCCCCGCGCGGCGGACCUGUACGAGAAGAUCUGGUCGGACUCCUACAAGUACACCACAGCACCACGGGGCAACGGGCGCUGCAUCCAGAUGUGGUUCGACCCUGCCCAGGGGAACCCCAACGUGGCCAUGGCCAAGUACUAUACCUGGGGUGGGAGAGCUGCUGCAGAUAUGGCUAGGAAACCUGUUGUGGGAGCCUCCUCUUCCCUGCCAGCCACUCUCCUCAUUCUGCUGCCCCCUGCUCUGCUUGCUUUGAUGUGA